GCCGUGCAUUGGGCGGUGUGCGGAGAACACGUGGAGAACAAACGAUUGCGGGUGCCGUCGUGGGAGUCAGUAUCGGCCAACGGAGGGGGCUUUCUCGGAGUUUGCUCGCUGGAAGAAGACGUAUGAUGUGCAUCGACGCCCGAGAUGGACGGUACCGCUUCCUGGUGCUGCUCUGUAACUGCCUCGUCACCUUUGGCUCGUACUACUGCUUCGACAUGCCGGGGGUGCUGCAGGCUCAGUUCCAGGGGAAUUUGAACUGCUCCGACGAGCAGAAUGCGAAGAACGCGUCUGUCCUGGAUGGUGGUGGAGGCUGCGAGACCCCGUCGGGAUUGGGACUCACACCGAGCAAGUACAACUUGCUGUACGCUGUCUACGCGUGGGGAAAUGUCGUUCUCGUGAUCCCCUUUGGGUACUUGAUGGACAAGAUCGGAAACCGAGUCUCCGUGAUGCUCUUCUCGUCGUUCUGCGUGCUCGGCUCGCUGCUCUUCGCGCUCUCCGUCCGACUCCGCGACUCCACACACUCCAUGCUCGCCCUCAUGCUCGCCGGGCGGGUGCUCUUCGGCUGCGGGAACGUCUCGCUCAUCAUCGUGCAGUUCCGCAUCGUGGCCUUCUGGUUCCGUGAGAAAGAGCUGGCCAUGGCGUUCGGGGUGACCAUCGCCUUCUCGAGACUCGGCAGCGUUCUCAACUUCCUCUGCACCGAGAGCUUCGAGCACCGCUUCGGCCUGGAGGCGACGCUGUGGGCCGGGGCAGUGCUGUGCGCCGUGAGCCUCGUAGCUGCCUGCACGGUGGGCUACCUGGACCAGAGGGGCCUGCAGCAGCUUGGCCUCUACGCCGGACUGCGUCGCGAAGCCAAGAGCGUGAACAUCACGGACGUUCGCCGCUUCAAGCGCACCUACUGGAUGCUCGUCCUCACCACCGUCUGCUUCUACAGCACCAUCUUCCCGUUCAUCGCCAACGGCAGCAAGUUCAUCCAGGACAUGUACGAGGGCUUCUCCCAGGAGCAGGCGUCCCUGGUGGUCGGCGCGACGUACAUGGUCUCGAUGGUGCUGUGCGCCGCGUCUGGCGUGCUCGUGGACCGCGUGGGACAGCGUGGGUUCAUGAUCAGCGCGGCAGCGGCCUCCACGCUUCCCGUGUUCCCCGUGUUGGCGUAUGGCGGCCUGCCCCCGCUCGCCUCCACGCUCUGGCUCGGAGUGGCCUACUCCGUGAGCACGGCCUGCAUGUGGCCGGCCAUAUCCAUGGUGGUGCCGUACUCCACCCUCGGCACGGCCAACGGAGUCGCCACAUCGCUGCAGAUGCUCGGGGUCGGGGUCUCCAACCUCGCGGUCGGGGUGCUGCUCGGCGAGGAGACCGGGGAGAUCGCUCCGUGGCGGUGGCAGAACGUGAUGUUCUACUUCCUCGCGCUCACUCUCGGCUGCCUCGCCUCCUCCCUGGUGCUCAACGUCGUGGACCAGGACGCGGGCCAGAUCAUCAACAGAUCACGCGUGCGCCAAGCGGCGGACAGAGUCUCGGAGGAAGCCCCUUUGCUGACGGACGGAUGAGAAGACGAGCGGGGUGGACAUGCGUGCGGGAAGCAUCAUUCUAUCCACACACACAAAGCACCCCUCCACCCACCUCUAGAAAAUGUAGAUAGAGAAACCCCUGCCCCUCGUGAAUUAGAGAUGCACGAGAUGAUCGUAUAAAUCAAACUCGCUGCAUGGCGUGAUGCAAUAUCGCUCUCGCAGAUAGAUAUAUCCGGACGUUGGGGAAAUCACGUCUCGGGUUGACGGGCGGGGGGAGGAGGAUUGCUUCUGCCUGCAAGCGUGGUAGCGCAGCAGCUCCGUCAUAUAAAAUAAAAUAAAAAAACCCGCUCAGUUGUAUCCGCGUGCCUCCCCGGGCCAACAAACGAGUACUGAUGGGACUUGACUUGCAUUUUCUCAACUCCAUUUUUUAUCAUUAACAAACUGCCACGGCUUGUAGAUACUAACGAGACUGAAAAGCUUGACUGUUGGUACAAUACGCACGAGGCAAUGCGCAAGGACGUGGAGACAAUCCUUUAACUUGGGAGUGGGACGCGGAGCAGGGGAAGGGAUGUGUUCACGCUGUAACUGGCAGAGGUGUGGACUCGAGUCAUGUGACUUGGACUCGAGUCAGACUCGAGUCAUGAAUUUGAUGACUUCAGACUCGACUUGGACUUGCAUCACAAUGACUUUGUCCCACCUCUGAGGUGUGGACUCGAGUCAUGUGACUUGGACUCGAGUCAGACUCGAGUCAUGAAUUUGAUGACUUCAGACUCGACUUGGACUUGCAUCACAAUGACUUUGUCCCACCUCUGAGGUGUGGACUCGAGUCAUGUGACUUGGACUCGAGUCAGACUCGAGUCAUGAAUUUGAUGACUUCAGACUCGACUUGGACUUGCAUAACAAUGACUUUGUCCCACCUCUGAGGUGUGGACUCGAGUCAUGUGACUUGGACUCGAGUCAGACUCGAGUCAUGAAUUUGAUGACUUCAGACUCGACUUGGACUUGCAUAACAAUGACUUUGUCCCACCUCUGAGGUGCGGACUCGAGUCAUGUGACUUGGACUCGAGUCAGACUCGAGUCAUGAAUUUGAUGACUUCAGACUCGACUUGGACUUGCAUAACAAUGACUUUGUCCCACCUCUGGUAACUGGGGCCAUGCUCUGUCCCCCCACAGUAGCAGAUGACGUGGAAUGCAGCCGAUGUGGAGACCGUUCUAUACCUAUUUCACGGAUGUCUGAAUUUGUGCAUUCCUCGCGGGCAUUUUACUACGCCACGCAAUGGAUUGCAGGAUUCUUUUUUUUGCUCCCUUCCAUUUUACGUUCUAUGUGAAAGCUUAAGACCGGCCUGUUAAGUCCUUGAGAAACCGUUUUUUUCCCUCUCGAUACAUCUACAUUAUUACAAUCGUAAAUGUGCCUGAUGCACCGUACACAAAAUGUAAACGUUUCUUUAAGUGGCAAUUGAAAUUAAAUGUAACCUCAUUGCUACUCAAGCCAAAGUAACACGGUCAGUGGUUUUCUCAUGUAACAAUUCAGUGACAUUAAUAGGCGUAUACCUGGGUUGUAUUAAAGCUUCUUUCCUUUAAAAAAUCUGUCCGCAAAGUUUACAUUUUCUAAAUGUGUAACAUAGGCGCUAACAUAGAGGUGCUUAACAUUGAUCAGUCUCAUGGGGCACCUUUAUCAAGGGAGCCGCAAGAUCCCAUUUGCCUUGGAUGUGUGGGCGCAAUUUGGGAAAAACUUGAGGCUCUUUGGAGAACAGCUACGAUUGCUACGGAUGUGUAGCUUUGACAAUUGCACAAACGCCGGAUAGUGCGAUGUGAUAAUGAACGCUGUUUAGGUUAAAUGCGCGCUGCAGGAGGUGGCAUUCAAACAUCAGCCGACGUCGUCGUCUCCGUGUUCACCGAAUGGGAAUGCUGUCGACAGCGACACAAACGACGAGAAUCAGGCGCGCGCGUGUAAACACGCACAC